UGAUCCAAACUAACGCAGGGGACGUCAAAACAACAGUGCUUUUAUCUCAAAGAGGGAAGCACAGGGGUGAAGUGAACUGCCGCACUUGCACUCAAAGCUAUAGCUCAGCCUCGGCCAUUAAGAAACUUUUACUUUUAGGAUUUUAUUUCCACAGUCAGGAUGGACCGGCGUCUUGUAUCGUAUGCAAAUACGUCUGCUGACGUAGUUGAUCAUGUGGGUUUUGGCGUAGAUCCCCCUGUGAACGCGAUUUUUUUUCGGCUGUUGUCUUUAGGAUUCGGUUGAAUCUUUACGAUCGCGCGCUUCACACGUGGAAAAGUAAGCAAAUUUGGACCUUAGCUGUCAAUACCCUCACAUCACAAGGUUUUCCGUUGGUGGUUGGCAGGUGAAGAAAAACAACCAGUGAAUGAGAAUAGGAAUACUUUCCACACAGGACCUGGACGUCACAGACAUUGUAUGCCCGAGAAGGAGACCAUCUCUGACAGACAGUGUGGUCUGGGAUGAAGUCUCAUGAAGCCUUCCAUUGGAGCUGACAUUCACAGUCAGCAAAAUCAUCAUUUACUGAUCCACCCGUUUAAGACCUGCGCAUUGCCCAUUAACAAAGCCCCCCUGCACUGCACCGUCCUACUUCCUGACCAUGGCUAGUCGAAGAAAGUCGUCAACGCCCUGCAUGAUCCGACCAGAUGACUUGGUUGCAGCAGACGAUGCAGAUGACAUGGACUCCUGUGUGGACAGUACAGAGGAGAAUGGAUCAUGUCAUGUGUCUUCUACUGAGGAAUGGACAGACAGGAAGAGUUCUGUGAACUCUAUGCAGGACACAACAGAGCUGGAGAAACCAGAGGCGAAAACUCAACCUCAAAAGAAAAUCCAGGGUGGCUACGAGUGCAAAUACUGUCCGUUUUCCACACAAAAUCUCAACGAGUUCAAAGAGCAUGUUGAUUCCAAUCAUCCAAAUGUUAUACUUAACCCACUGUACUUGUGUGCGGUGUGCAACUUCAACACAAAAAAGUUUGAUUCUUUGACCGAACAUAAUGAGAAAUGCCAUCCUGGGGAGAGCAACUUCAAGUUUAAGAGGAUUAAACUCAACAAUCAGACCAUUCUGGAACAGACAAUCGAAGGUUCAAACUGUGCAAUCAUCUACGAUGCCACCAGCCUUCAGCAAGGAGAGGACUUGAGUUCUUUUCCUCUAAGCAAAUCCACAACGGUUAAAAUGGGCAAGCCAAAAGCAGACAGUAUUCGGUUGCCAGGAGAGGGUCAGUUGGACAGACUCACUCCAGAGCUACCUAAAAAGCAAAUUACCGCAGUGAAUGUGAACGGGACCGUGAUAAUCCCAGAUGCAACUCUUAAAGACGGCCUUUCUCAUAUCAUGCCAUCCCUGCAACGACCACCUAACUAUAAUUUUGUACCAAAAAUUGCCGUCCCCCUGAACACUUCAAAAUACAACCCAUCAUUGGAUGGCAACCUGACCCUCAUCACCUCCUUCAACAAGUUUCCCUACCCUACCCAAGCUGAGCUCUCAUGGCUCACUGCAGCCUCUAAACAUCCAGAAGAACAAAUUAAAGUGUGGUUCACUACCCAAAGGCUAAAACAAGGGAUCAGCUGGUCUCCAGAGGAAGUCGAGGAAGCACGAAAGAAAAUGUUCAAUGGGACAAUUCAGCCUGUUCAACAGGCGUUCACUGUCUUGCCUGCUCAGUUAACUCAGUCGACUAAAGUUUCACAGUCCCUUAUCCAGACUGUCCCUUGCCAUGUUCUUGGACAAUCCAGCCUAGUUUUGGCACCCGUUGCCAAUGGCUCCACUGCAACUGCUACUUCUCUUGCACUAACAGUUACAAAUCAAAUAGCACAGGGUGUCAAGAGACCCCACACAGCACCACUGGUUGCCUCGGAGGUCAAGAGGCCUUCAAUAAUCCAGUCCGUUCAGAGCACUCCCAAGUCUGUGUCUCCAACACCGAGCCUUUCUUCGGAUUGCGAGAAAACCCCCGAUCAGAUCAGAGAACUGACCGGCAGCUAUGCUCGGUGCCAGUUUCCUGAUGAUGAAGAAGUGUAUCGUCUCAUUGAGAUGACUGGCCUCUCCUGGGGAGAGAUCAAAAAAUGGUUCAGUGAUCAGCGUCAUGGAAACCUUAAGGCAGUGCAACAGAUUAAAACAGACAUCUCGUCGAGGGAGAACCAACCUCACAAGCCUGUCGCCACACAGUUUCCACUUCUAGAGAGAGUAAAAGGCAAAUCUUCCGAGCAAAUGAAAAAGUUAGAAGAAAGUUUCCAAAGGACUAGCUUUCCAACACAGGCUGAGAUUGACCACCUUGUGGCUGACACCAGGCUCUCCAAAACCGAAAUAGAUUGCUGGUUUACGGAUCGACGUGCACUACGCGACAACCUGGAGCAAGCUCUGCUCAACUCGAUGGGAUCAAAAAGACUCGAGCAUCAUCUUCAAAGGGGCACCCUGAACGGAGUCCAUGAACAGGACAACCGAGUCAGGGACUCGCCUCUUCCCAUUCUCACGUCACCUCUGUGUCCAGAGGCAAUUGACGGCAAGUCUCUCGGCCUUCUUAAAGAUAUGUUUGCACAAACCCAGUGGCCCUCACCAGAGGAGUACAUCCAACUAGAAAUCCAAACAGGGCUAGCUCGUACAGAAAUCGUUCGCUGGUUCAAGGACAACAGAUCUGCUCUAAAGAACGGAACCUUGGAUUGGAUGGAGCAAUUUCAAAACCUUAGCAACAAAAGACAGAAUGGGCAGAAUAGCACGGUGAUCUCAGAACAAGCCCAGAGUGUUCUGCAAAGGCAUUUUCAGGAGGCGAAGCUACAAAAGGGGGAGGGUGUUGAGAAGCUAGCAGAGCAGUCAAAACUAACCAACCAGGACAUAGUUGAAUGGUUCACCAGCAAGCUGGGCCACAACGUGCCGGACAUCAGCAAGAACAAGGACCAACAUGGACAAGCAAGUGUAGACAGUAGGAGGUGGGGUUCCUUGGCACCUGACACUGACAGCAAAGACUUUGAUGGACAGAAGGUAGCACGAGACCUUGAAGUCUUGUCUGCUGAGCACAGAGUGACGGGAUGAAGUGAUAAAG